AUGAAUGCCCCUCCUGCCUUCAAGUUGUUCCUGCUCUUCAAGGGUGUGAAGAUCACCAUCAACAAGGACACCAAGGUGCCCAAUGCCUGCUUGCUCACCAUCAACAAAGAAGACGACACCCUCAGAAACAUCAUCAAAUCACAGCUGUUGAAAGACGCACAGGUGCCGUUUGCCAGCUACAAAGUCCCCCACCCCUUGGAACACAAGAUCAUCAUCCGCGUGCAGACCACCUCUGGGUGGCCAUCAAAGACAAGCAAGAAGGAAUUAAAUAGUGAACUGGAAGGAGCCUUGCUCAGCCUAGAAGCCCAGCUCCAACCCACUCUGGGCACUUCUCUCAGGGCAUCAGGCACUGUCCUUGUAAAGAUAGCUCAUGAGCCCCUCAGCCCGGCACCUAUGUCUCUAGUACUUAUGUUCCCCUCCUAA